UAGACAAUAUGCUCGCUCUACGGAAUCUCGCCCGCACUGCCCCUCGCUCUGCUGCCCGCCUCUCGUCCAAGACUGUGCGCCCGCAGCCCGCCCUCCUCAGACAAACGGCCGCCUUCCAGCCAUCAUGGGCGCAGGCAGUCCCCAGACUCACGGCCGCCUUCCACAUCUCAGCGGCCAGGAAACAGGAGAGCAGCGGGGUCAGCGAUGAGCUCGUUGCCAAGCUCCAGAGCGAAAUCUCCAUGGAGCAGGACAUGAAAGAGGACGAGGACCUGUCGGCGAACAUCAAGGAAUACCUUGAGAACAGCGCUUUUGAGCUCGAGGACAAGGAGGGCAACCAGGAAGUCGUCCUGACGCGCACCUUCAACGACGAGAAUAUCCGCAUCACCUUCACCACAGCCGACCUCAACAGCAACGCCCAGGCCGAGGACCUUGUCGAGGACAGCGCCAUGUACGACGAGGACGUUGACAUGGAGACGCAGUCCGGCGGCGCAAACACAAAGGGCUCCGUUGGCAAGGGCAGGACACAGGAUGGAAACGUCCGCGUCGCGCCCGAGGAGCACGUCACGCCCGCCGACCGCGAAGAGCUCGACGAGGAAUAUGACGACGAGAGCAAUGCGCAGGGCUUCCCCGCUCACGCUAGCAUCCGCAUUGAGCGUCCCGGCAAGGGCGCUCUUGCCAUCGAGGCCACUGCCCAGGACGGCGACUUCCUGAUCGAGGACCUCUACUACUUCCCCUCGGCCGACCUGGCCGACCCCGCCACCGCUGAGAAGGACUGGUCGAGGCGGACGCUGUACACCGGCCCUCCCUUCAACAACCUGGACGAGGACCUGCAGAUCCUGCUCGAGAAGUACCUGGAGGAGCGAGGCAUCAACACGCGUCUGGCGCUGUUCAUCCCCGACUACAUAGACCACAAGGAGCAGAAGGAGUACAUCAGGUGGUUGAACAACGUCAAGACGUUCAUUGAGUAAGCUUAUGAUUGCUAUUGACGAUUCAUGACGCCUCUCUUGUACCAUAUCGUAAUGUAUUCUAUAUCCCAAAAAGUUUGGGGCCAUAAAGGCCGUGUAUCAUAGCUGGCGAAAUACUCACUUAUGUAUCUGUGACGGCGUUAAUCACAGACACAUGGUCUGAAUAACAAAAGCGCGCUUCGGCGCCGCUCUACACUCAACAACACGGACACCACCUCCUACAUGUCUUCCCUGACUCUUUGACUAGCAAGAACUUGAAAGUUAUGAUUACC